GUAUCGGGUUAUAUAGGUCUUUGGCUAUAUAGGUUUUCGGGCACGAUUACUCGUCGGUCCUUUUCACUCUUCCAGUUCAAAUUCUUGAUUGAGAAGGUUUAAAAGACCAAAUUAGACCUUGUCGGUAGUAAUCGAUUUCUAGAUUUAGGUUUCAAAAACCAGACCCCUUGAGUAGCAAAUUUAGAAGAGAAAGGAUUGUUACUUCGUGGGCUUUGGAGAACGAAAUCAGUAGAAGCAAUGAAACGAGCCAAGUUUGAGGCUUUAAUUCCAUCAAAUUCGAGUCGAGUAACAUUGAUUCAGGUCUUAAUCGGCCUCCUCUUCAUCUACCUUCUCUUUAUCAGCUUUGAAAUCCCUCUCCUUUUCAAAACUGGGUCUGGGUUUGCCUCCGGCGACGGUUCUCUCAGCGACGCAUCGCCGACAACCGUCCUUUUCGGGUCGCCUGAUGAUGAAUCCGCGUCUAUCCGUCUAGAGCGGCGAAUGCGAGAGUUUAAGAGGACUUCGGGUCUCUUCUUCAAUGAUAGCGCAUUCGACGCCGUUGAUGCCAGUAGGGAUGAGUUCUCGGUGCUCCACAAGGCCGCCAAAGACGCGUGGGUUCAAGGCAAGAAACUCUGGGACGAGAUUGAGUCCGAGAUAAUCGACCUGACCCCGUCCACCGACCAAGAGAACCGCUCAAUUUCAUGCCCUGAUUCGAUAUCGCUAUCCAGAUCGGAGCUCCGUUCGAGGGGACGGGUCUUGGUUCUGCCAUGCGGGCUGACGCUGGGGUCCCAAAUAACGGUUGUUGGUGUGCCGAGGUGGGCCCAUGCCGAGAACAACCCGAAAAUAGCGGUGGUGAAGGAUGGGGAGGAGGAAAUGGUGUCGCAGUUCAUGUUAGAGUUGCAGGGGCUCAAUACGGUGGAUGGGGAGGACCCACCAAGAAUACUGCAUUUCAAUCCGAGAUUAAAGGGUGACUGGAGUGGGAAGCCUGUGAUCGAGCAAAAUACUUGCUAUCGAAUGCAGUGGGGGACGGCAUUGAGGUGUGAGGGUUGGCAAUCCAGGGCUGAUGAAGAGACUGUUGAUGGGCAGGUGAAGUGUGAGAAAUGGAUUCGUGGCGAUGAUGAUCACAUGGAAGAGUCAAAGGCACAAUGGUGGUUGAAUAGGCUAAUUGGGCGAACAAAGAAGGUGAAAGUGGAUUGGUUGUACCCCUUUGCGGAGGGCAAGUUGUUUGUUCUUACCCUAAUGGCUGGCUUGGAAGGUUACCACAUCACUGUAGAUGGGAGACAUGUUACUUCUUUUCCGUAUCGAACUGGAUAUGCCCUUGAGGAUGCCACAGGGUUUACGCUGAAUGGGGACAUUGAUGUGCAUUCUAUUUUUGCUGCUUCCUUACCCACUUCAUAUCCAAGUUUUGCUCCAAAAAAGCAUCUUGAAAUGUUAAACCAAUGGCGAGCUCCACCUCUUCCUGAUGGUGAUGUUGAAUUUUUCAUUGGCAUCCUUUCUGCUGGCAACCAUUUCUCUGAGCGGAUGGCGGUGAGGAAGUCUUGGAUACAGCAUGAAUUGAUACAAUCUUCUAAAGCAGUGGCUCGAUUUUUUGUUGCAGUGCAUGGAAGAAAGGAAGUAAAUGUGGAGCUAAGGAGAGAAGCAGAGUAUUUUGGUGAUAUUGUCAUUGUUCCUUACAUGGAUAAGUAUGAUCUUGUUGUACUGAAGACUGUCGCAAUCUGUGAAUACGGGCUUCGCACAGUUGAUGCAAAGUAUAUCAUGAAGUGUGAUGAUGACACGUUUGUUAAGGUGGAUACUGUUCUCAAAGAGGUAAAGAAAGUCCACGAAGAUAGAAGUCUGUAUGUAGGAAAUAUGAACUACAACCACAAGCCCUUGCGUCAUGGAAAAUGGGCAGUGACAUAUGAGGAAUGGCCUGAAGAAGAUUAUCCGCCCUAUGCUAAUGGUCCGGGUUACAUCAUAUCAUCUGACAUUGCAAAGUUUGUUGUUACUGAAUUCGAAAGACACAAGUUGAGAUUGUUCAAGAUGGAAGAUGUGAGCAUGGGGAUGUGGGUAGAGCAGUUCCAAAGUUUGAAACGUGUGGAGUAUGUGCACAGCUUGAAGUUUUGCCAGUUUGGAUGCAUUGAAGAUUAUCACACUGCUCAUUACCAGUCUCCAAGACAAAUGGCAUGCCUGUGGAAAAAAUUACAAAAUCAAGUUAAACCUCAGUGCUGCAAUAUGAGAUGACCAUCGUACAAUAGCAAAAAUGAUAUUCAGGAUGCUCAAGGGCAAUAUAGAGUAGAAUUUCACAGGAGGAAGAAAUUGGCAUCCCUCUGCAAAAAUACCGGGAGCAGCUGGUUAUGCCUCUGUUUCUAGUUACAUCCCCCUCCACUAUAUUUAUGAAAGUUCCCAAAUUUCCUUCAUCCUUUACUCUUUGAGAAUGGGGCUUCCUGGAAUAGUUACUUCGCUUCUGAGCUCCCAAUUUGGCUUCAUUCAAGGUUGAGGUGGAGAGGACAGUCAUCUCCCCCAGCAUCUCCUGACACAUACUCUGUCUACUCUAUCUUUCGACCCUGGUCGUGUUCAAUGGUCAUCAAUCCUCCUUCUUCGUCUCAUGGAGGGUGGGUUCGGCAAACCUCGUUAGCAUCUUUCUGGCGACUGCUAAAUGAUAUAUUUGUUGGUAUUCACAUUGUCAAAUUAUUAGCUUACAUUCUUUUGUUCAAUCUCUGUUGAGAGUUCUCAAACUUGUUCUUUUAUCAUAACAAACUAGCUAGCA